AUGUGGGUGACUCUCAGGGUAUGUAUCUACGUCUCCCUGUUUGCUGGUCGGGUGUUCUCAGCGAGCGUGGGCACCCCCGCAACCGAGCCAGCUGGUGAGCAGGAGAAGAUGCCGGAACCGUUGACUUCCGUGGACUUCAGUAGCACCAUGUCCACGGGGCUGCACAUGGUGGAGUUCUACAGUCCGUUAUGCCAUCACUGCAAGCUAUUUGCACCCACAUGGGAGAAGACAUGGAAAGAGUUCCAUAAGAAGGGCGCUCGGAUGGGCAUUUCGAUGGCACAGGUGGAAUGCCUGCAAAGUGGGGACCUGUGCAAGCAGGAGAACGUCGUCUCAUAUCCCAGUAUUCGCCUAUAUGGGCCAGCGGGCUAUAUCAAGGACUAUCCCCACAUGGAACGCGACCAAGAGAGCUUGGUACAGUUUAUGAUGGCAGAGGCGCGUAACAAGAACAACAUGGAAUUGAUGGGGCUGGAGAGCAAGAGCGAGCCGCUGAACAAGAAGCGGUUCAACCAGCUUUUGGAAGCUGGUGUGGAAAGCCCUACGCUCAUCUCGUUCUGGCCGGCACCUGAGGUUGCCGAUAUCACGAAGGUUACCCAGUUCCGCAACUGCAGGUAUUGCGCGGCUUUCCGAAAUACGUGGAAACUGCUUUCCAACCGUGCAGACACUGAGGGGAUCAGCACUUUCCAUUUUUCAUGUUAUCUGAAUGGGGACUUAUGCCGAAAAGUUGGCCUAGAGCGGUUAACUAAGCGCUCAGGUGAUGGUGAGAAAAUACCCGCAUUGGCGCUACUGCUACCGAAUGUGGAUUCACUAAUCUUCUACGAACGAGACAGCUAUGCAUUUGAGGACUUCCUAGAUUUUGUCUUAAGAUCGUACUCUAACUAUUUGGCCCCUCACAUUUCUCCAGAAGAGGUUGCCAAAAUGCUUCUAACAGUCCCAAAGGUUUCAGAUAUAUCCGAGGGCUUUGCUGGGAAGACAAUACUUCUGUAUAACCCUGCGCCCACCACAAACGCUGAGAAGGAUGGUAAACUUUUGCACAGUUUAUUGAGGGAAUUGGACGGGAUUCCAAACGUUUACAUAUACAAGUUUGAAGGGAGAUUAAAGAAGAAUAUAGACCGCAUGCUGGACCGCAUAUAUACGACGCUUCUCGAAAGAGCGUCGCAAGAGUUAGUUGGCCUAAACAAGGAAUUGUUUCAUCUGAGGACGCUGUCCGUGGGAGAUCCUCUAUUCAUUAUGUUUAAGGAAUGCUCUAGAACGCCUAUAGCAUUACAAAACCAGGUUGAUCAAGAGGAUAUUUCUUCUCGAGCAAUACAGUGGAUAAAAGAGAAUUCAUAUCCAUAUCUACGUGAUUUCACCCGUACUUCUGGUAAACCCUUACUGAAAGGGAAGGACUCGCCUCGGAAACCAGUUGUCAUUCAGGUUUUGGAUACUAGCAAUGAGCAGGAAGUAAAAAGUUCCAAGAACAUAAAAGGGUUUUUUGAUGUUAUAUCCAAGUUUGAAGGAACCUGGGAUGAAUAUGUUUACAAAGGACUUAGCCGCCUGUAUGGCGACAAGGCAAUAUUGAAGAUUGUAAACGGGAACGACAAGACGGAAACCGCCUUUUUGUCGGAGAUCAAUGAAAAACUCACAGAAAACUAUAAUGGGGUGCUAUAUGGCUAUAUUGACAAAUCAAGUAAAAAAGCACUGAAGAGACUGGGUCUCAACGUUCACGAUUAUGAAUUAGAAAACGGCGACGUGCUGAUUGUGGACGAGAAGGGGAAGUUCUAUUAUGCAAAAGGGCUCGACGGAAGCCGUAUGACGGUCCACUCACCCGAGCAUGUGGUCGACGCAAUAAGGGCGCUGGUUUUCCCUGAGUCAGGCAAGUCCAGGAAUGAUCUGCGGAGAUUCCUAGUCGGCUCACCGUUUGGCCCCAGGUGGCGAUUUUUUGAACACAUCCACCAAUAUGGCUUUCUGGGCUGGUUCCUUCUCAUUGUAGCGGUGUUCUUCGCCCUACGGCUGCCGCGCAUCUACAAAAAGUACGUUCAACGCAAAAAGUACGCUGCCAGACAUGACACCAUGGGAAUCCUGGGCAAGGAGGGAGCCUUCCCUGAAUAG